AUGGGGACUGUACCUGACCCUCUGAGAUCAGCUAAAACUUCCCUGACUGCAGUUUCUGGAAAAGAAGAGGCUCUAGGAGAGCUGCAGGCUGCCUCACCUCAUCAUCGACCAGCUGUCUUGUGUAAGAAUGCCAAUGGCCUUUCAGGUGCCCCUGGGGAACCAGACCUCAGCCCCAGGGUAGCUGUUGGGGCCCUGACACAGGCUUAUGAGCCAGAGACCCCCCAACCAGACAUGUCUUCUCCUGGAGUCUUGAAUGAAGUAAAGAGCACGUUUCCCACACUCAACUUUCCUGGCAAUCCCCAGCUGCCCAGAAGCAGCCAGCCCACAGUACCAGUUCUGGACUCUACAGCAGGAAAGGAUCCUGUACACACACCAUUUACAAUGCCAGCUAAUCAGCACGCCCACCAGGCGGUCCCAGGUGAUCAGCCUAGUGCCAUCCCCUCAUCAGUACCUGAAGAUCCCCUGGUGAAAUCACAGAGAACCUCAAAUGGAGAGCACCCUGAGAAGUUAAGUUGUCCUGCAGGAGGCACCCAUGGCAGCAGUAAAGAUCAAGUGUUCUGUGAGUUUCCCUCUCAAGAAACAAUCCAGGAAACAGUGCAGAUGCCAAAUACAGCAGCCAGGGCAUUCAGUCAUUCAUCUUCUCCUGCAGGCAGACCUGAAGGGGAAAGGCAGCGAGCCAUCUGUGACUCCGAAACAAGAUCCUGUGAACCUCCAGCUCGAGAAGAUGGAUGCUCAGAGAACAAACAGCCGUCUGCCACUGCCUCAGACACCCAAGGCAUGACCUCUGUGAUAUCGCAACCAUCCCACCUCACUAGUGAAGGUUUGAUAUGUCCUCCAGAUCCAGAGAAGGUGCUGCUGCCAGCACAGCAUCAGGUGUCAAGAUUCAAAGAAGCCAGUACGAUGACAAGCCAGGCGGAAAGUGUGAUCCAGGAAGUUUCCAGCAGGGCUCAGCAAGAUGCCGAGGUGCAGGCAGUGGCAAGUGUUGAGAGCAGAUCAGUCUCCACAAGCCCCAGCAUUCUCACUGCGUUCUUAAAGGAAAUCCCUGCUCCUGAGCACUUUGAACAACCAGAGCAGCUGCGUGUCAUCUGCCAUGGCAGUGGAAGCCACACAUUGGAGCUCUCUGACAGCACACUGGCCUCCAAGGAGUUGGGUCAGUGUCCUGGCAUCAUGCCGAAGGUGUAUAUCCAGGCAGCUUUCCAAGGGGCAAGUAAACCAGGAAGCCUACCAGGGGAGGUCCUUAACACCUCAUCCAUCAACAUAGCCUACAGACAUGCCCAGGCAAUAGGUAAAGAAGAUGGGAGGUCAGCAGGAAUGACUCCAGCGAGGGAAGAACCCACCGCUAAACAGCUUUCAGGUACUAACUCCAGCUUCCUGAAAGCUAGCCCCAUUGACCAGAUUUCUAUCAGUGCCAGCAGUCAAGCAGAAACAAGUCAUGGACUGGGGAAAUUUGAAACCAAGCUGUCUGAGUUUGCAGUGAAAACCACAAAUGGCCUCAAAACUGACUGCAAACCCUCUGACUCUGGCGGCCCUGCCAGCAAAGCUGACCAGUCCGGGAGCUUGGAUCCCACUAAUAAAGGAGGCACAAGGGAGAGGAAGCCUGCGUCUCCUCAGAUGGUAAAAGAACAAGAAUCUAUUGGCACUGAUGCCCUGGAUGCCAAGACCCUGCUGCUCAAGCCUAAAUCUCAAGAAAGUGGAGGCACAGGAUCAACAGCUAAUCCCACACCAUCCCCAGUUAGAAAGAACCAGGAGAUCACCUUAGAAGAGAAUAGACAGACCAAGACAGCCACAAGCCUGAGCCUGCCAUCUGAUUCCAUAGGGGACUCCAGCCCGGGUUCUGGCAAGAGGACCCCUUCUCGCUCGGUCAAAGCCAGCCCACGCCGGGCCAGCCGUGUCAGCGAGUUCCUGAAGGAGCAAAAGUUAAACGUGACAGCGGCUGCUGCUCAGGUGGGACUCGCUCCAGGAGAGAAGAAAAAGCAGGCUGGCAUGGACUCCAAGCUCCAGCUGAAAUCCAAGCGUGUCAGGGAUGUCGUGUGGGACGAGCAGGGCAUGACCUGGGAAGUGUAUGGAGCUUCCUUGGACCCGGAGUCCCUGGGGAUCGCGAUCCAGAACCAUUUACAAAGACAAAUCAGGGAACAUGAGAAAUUAAUCAAAACUCAAACCAGCCAGACCCGGAGAUCCAUUUCAUCAGAUACAUCUUCCAAUAAGAAGCUCAAAGGAAGGCAGCACAGCGUUCUCCAGUCCAUGCUGCAGAACUUUCGACGCCCCAACUGCUGUGUUCGUCCUGCCCCUUCUUCUGUGUUAGAUUGA